AUGACUCCGCGCAGAUCACCAUUUCUUCCAACCCCCUUCGAAUCAAUACUCCUCUCCAUAUAUCCUGCAACAUUACUCCUAGGCUCGAUAUUCUCGGUUCUAAGCCCCGAUGUACGAGCAUCCGAAUACAGCGCCGCACUUCAAUCACAUACGCCCAGCACCGCUCCCUCUUAUUUCGCAAAGAAAAGCAAUAUUUUCAAUCAAUGGUUCGUGAAGAAAGGUUGGGCGUGGAUUACCGCUAGCUAUUUUUUCUUCCUCCUAACGCAUCCAUCGACUGGUCCUCCGGGCGUUCUCACCGUCACUCCAAGACGACUCCGCGGAUUUUUACGCUAUGCGGUUGUGACCACCUGGUGGAUCUUCGUCACGCAAUGGUUUUUUGGCCCGGCAAUUAUUGAUCGCGGAUUUAUCAUAACGGGUGGUCAAUGUGAUAUGGUUGAUGCGGCAGAGAAGGGACACGUCGAUAUGGAUGAUACGCGUCAGUUUCUCACGGGGGUAGCUUGUAAAGCUGUAGGUGGAAAAUGGAGAGGUGGUCAUGAUAUCAGUGGACAUGUAUUCUUGCUUGUUCUUGGGAGUAUGUUUCUAUUCCAGGAAGUACUUCAUGUUGUGUUACGCAGCUCGGGAAUAAAGGAGGAACGCACAAUAGUGAUGGAAGAUGGAGCGAUCAAAUCUGCGGAUGUGGAAGCGCCUCCGCAGAAUGAAGCAGAGGGAUUGAAUCAAGAUGGUUGGUUAGGUCUUAGUGUGAGGAUUAUACUAGGGGUGGCGGGAUUGAGUUUGUUCAUGUUAGCUAUGACGGCCAUGUAUUUCCAUACGUGGUUUGAGAAGUUUACGGGACUGAUUGUCGCUUUUGGAGGAGUGUUUGUGGUAUUUUGGUUGCCACGAUUGAAUCCGGCUGUGAGAUCGGUUUUGGGGAUGCCGGGGAUCUAA